GGGCUGGAGGCGGCGGAAUGGAGGCCGGGACCGAGGACCCGGGACUGACUCGCCGCCCGACUUUGGCCUCGUCCUGGGAUGCGCCGUGCGGGGCCCUGACACAGAGCCUCUUUCUCAGCCAGGAUGGUCUCGGCGCCGGGGAAUUCGACUGGGAGGAGCUGCUGGAGCCGCCUGCUCCCGGCCAGGAUCUGGUGAUUCUGAAGAGGAGCCCGAACAGCCAAGAUGAAAACGCCUGCUUCCUUUACCUGAACUUUGACCCUACUGGAAGUGAAGAAAUCGCUUCUAUUGGCAUUUUAAGUUCAGCAAGAAAUAUGGAGGUGUACUUAAGAGAGGAGUACUGUGGGACCAGUAGGGGCAGGAAUGUUUGUGCUCUCCUGGAUAACAGUGAACAUGAGAUUAUUUUGUACAAAAAAUAUUUAAAAUUGGAGUCCUCCACACAUGCUUGUAAAGUAAAGAACUUUUGUUUUGUAAUAGUUACUCUCCUUUGGCGAAAAGCAUUGUGUGUUCAUCAGUAAAGUUGUGGUACACGUGAGACCAGUUUCAGCAAGUUCUUCAACAAGCUGUCCUGCUCUAGGAUCAAGGAUAGACCUAGACAGGGUUCAAACCAUAGUGGAGUCCAUGGGAUCAAAGUUAUCACCUGGAGCUAAAGAGUUGAUGAAUAUGGUUAGGUUUCAGCAGCAGGUAAGUAGAAAUGGAUUUCCUACUAGAUAUUAUUACAAAAUUACAGAACAAAUUGAUUUUAAUAAAAAUGUGCAGUGACUUAGAAUUUUGUCUUUGAAUUUUUAUUAUUGAUUUACCUGUUAUCAUUAGUUUUGUAAAAAUAACAUUUUGCAGACAGACCUCCCCUUUUACAAAAUGUUUUGAAUACAGAGCUUCACAAUUUUCCGUGAAUUCAUUUACUCGUUCAUUCAGUAAGUAUUUAUUAAGCACAUUCUCAGUAAACAAGGCACUGAGUUAAGCACUUUUGAGGGUGCAGAGAUGAUUAAUUAGUCAAUGGCCUGUCUUUAAAGACCUUUACAGUCUCCUUAGGUGAGUUAGCACAUGUCAGUGAAGGAUGGGUGAUCAGGAGAGGCUUCCUGAACAGGUGGCAUUUUGUCUAGGCCUUUGAAAAAGAAGGGCAGGAUUUGGCAAGUAAACGUGGCAGUCCGUUCCAGACAGAGAGGUUAGUAUGGAUAAAGCCUUCAAUGCUGGAAGGAAUAGGCUAUCACUAGGAAAUAGAAAUUCAUUUUGCCUGAAACGAAGACGUGAUAGGGGAAGUUUAAGGGUAGAUUGGGAAUAAAUCACAUAGAGCUUUGAAUAAUUUUUUUAAAGUUCUAGAUGUUUGUGACCUAUGUUUAAGAAAUUUUAAUAUACUGUUAUGUGUAAGGUGAGUCUGAAGAGAAAAUAAAUCAGAAGAAAGUGAGACUACAGGAAGAGACCAGCUACAUGGUUAUUUCCUUAACCCAGAUAAGUGAUAGUGAGGGUCUGAACUUGGAAAUAGCAACAUGAUGCUGGAUUGUGAGAUGCUAAAACAGUGGGCUUGUCAACCAACUGAAUAUUGGCAUUGUAAGAGAAAUAGGAGUCAAGCAUGAAAUUGAGGUUUUGAGGAAGGUGAGGCCAGUAAUAGAAACGGAAACCGAGGGAGGAGGACAUGUGGGACACAUGAAGAGGAGUUUAAUUUGGGGCAUAUUGAGUUUUGGAUGUGAAGGGAACAUUCCCUGGAAUGAUCUUGUAAGCAUUUGGAAACGCGGGACUGGGAGAGGUUGAGUGAGUCUUCAGGUUUGCUGGGAGGGAGAGCUGUAUCCAUAGUAGGUAACAGGGAAAGUGUGAGCGGAGAGACUGAAGCAAGGAAGCAAAAUCCUUGGACAGUGGCUGCAUUUGGUCAGGAUACAACGAGAGGAAAAAGGAGACUUAAGAGUAGAAGACAGGAGUGUGGUAGAGUAGCAAGAGAAGAGAUCUGAUGUUGGGAGACCUGAAUUCAAGUUCUAGUCCUGAAAUGAUGAAUUCCAUGUUUUAGGGCAAGCUGAUUCAUCUUUGUGAGGAUGGAUUUCCUCAUGUAUAAAAUCUAAAUGAUAAUACUGCUAAGAUCACAGGAUUAAUGUGAGUUUAAAAGAAACAGUCCAAACAUGGUGAAUGUAAUUAAUGUCACAGAAUUGUAAACUUAAAAAUGGUUAAAAUGGCAAAUGUUUUGUUAUGUAUAUCUCACUGCAAUAAAAUUAAAUUUAAAAAAAACAAUACAAAUAAAGCACUCCGUGUAACUUUUAUGAGGUUUACAAAUAUUAAUUUAAUACUAUUAAUUAUUGAAGCAGUGAGAAGAGUUAGGAGAACCAGGGCA